CAAUAACAACAACAAGAACAAUAACAACAACAACAGCAACAACAACGAUCGAUCGAACAAAUUCAGAAUGUCUCUCUAAAAAAUGAUGCAUGUACAGGACAAGUAGUCGAGAAAGUACGUUUAAACAGAAUGAAACAGAACGAAAAAAAAAAAAUAUGAAAGAAAGGACAAAAAAAAAAACUCAAAAGAGUAACUUUUGAAAAAUGAACUUUGAUCGUUUUCCUCAACGAUCUAUUAUUAAAAAAAAAAAAUAAAAAAUGAAAAAAAAAAAGAACUUGGAAAGAGCGAGAGUCUGAGAGGGUGGGAGCGUGUGAGAGAAAGGAGAUGGUAAAAAAAUACUUUUCUUGUGCGACAAUGAUUUAGAAUAAUGAAAUAAAGAAGCAACAGCAACAGUAGCAGCGGCUAAUAAAAAAAAAAAAAAAGAUGCAGACUAAUUUGUGUUUUUCGGUUAUGUCGUUCGGAAUCUCUCAUCUUAUAUACAGAUUGAAUAGUAUUAAUUAUUAGGACAGGACGCGAUAAUUGCGAUAUGAGUGCUUCAUAAAGAAGUUUCAUAAAAAUCAAUUUCUCGCGUUGAAUUAAGUGAUUGAUGAAUUUAAAAAAAAUAUAUAUAUUUGUAUGUAUAUAUAUUUUUUUUUAUGUGUAUUAUAUAUAUAUAUAUAUACAUAUAUAUAUAUAUAUAUAAUCACAGUUCGAUUCGGCGCUUCGUUCCCUGAAUCAUCGUAAAGAAAAAAAAAAAAAAAAAAAGAAAAAUAAAAAAAAAAAAGAGAAAUGAGAACGAAGAAUUAUUUUAAAAAUGUAAAUUAAAAGAAACAAAAUUAAGGAUAAAAAUAGAGGGGGAGAGAGAGAGAGAGAUGUGAAAUAAAAAUAAUAGCGAAAGAAAAAUCGAGGCUGCACACACACACGCGCACACACACACACACACACACACACACUAUGUACACAUGCUGCAAAUACCACAGCACUACAUAUAUUAGGGGAAUUAAAAAAAUUUCGCGUUCUUUUCUUUUCUUUUUUACUUUAGGAAUGAAAUUUAUAUAUUUCAACAACAAAAAAUAAAUAAAUAAAUAGAUAAAUAAAUAAAUAAAAAAAAGGAAAAAAGCCGCGAAGUUUUCAAUAUACAUAUAUGUACAUCCACUCGUGCAUACAUACAUGGAUACAUACAUGGAUACACAGCUAAACAUACACGUACGUACGUAUACGUACAUACCGGACGACGUCGGUUAGUUUCUGAUUAUACGUAUAUUAAUGAAAUAGAAGAAAGAAAAAGAAUGUGUGUGAGAUAGAGAGAGAGAGAGAGAGAGAGAGAGAGAGAGAGAGAGAAAGUAAAAAAAAAUCAGUAAUAAGUUAAUGUGCAAAAGCAUUGCAACGACGAUUAACAAGAAAACGUUCGCGAUAUAUCUUGUUUUGUAUGUAAUUGAUGUACAUUAUUGCUCGUAAAACAUUUAGUAAAAUAGAUAUGUAAUAACGACAUAAAAACACGACAAAAAAAAA